CAAGCGCCAAUUGCAUCUGGGAAGAUUUUUUUUUUUUGACUGACUGGUUUGAUUUUGCUUAAUUGGGGUCUCUGAACUUCCUUACAUAUUACACAUAAGUUUGCAUAUAAAGCUUUUUGCACCAAAAUACUGAACCUAUAGUACCCUAAACCAAAGGGCAUAUGUUGCAUAUAACACGUAAGUAAUUUUUCAAUCCUAUUUAAUAGUAAAACGUCGGUGUUUGACUUUCAUGUAUACAAUGUCCAAAAAGUCAAGUAAGGCUAGGCCUACUCAAUUUAAUUCGGAGCCCUUUUCCACGCUUGAAUCCAUUUAAUUUAUAACAAACCCGUUAACACUCGAUUGCAAUUUAAUCACCGUGUAGGUCAGAAAUAGGGCGGCACAGCGGAACAAUGAGAAGCGGAUUUUGUUUCCGGGCGGAACAGUAACGAGGACGGACACCGGAAGUAUUGUCGCGAUUCUGACGAAGAAAACAUUACAAGAAGAGUUUCUUCUCCGUGGUGUUUGGACAGCGGGAUUGAAUCCGUAAGCAGUAACAACAAGCAGUAAAAACAUCACCCGAGUGACCAAACAUGCCGAAAGUCGUGUCCAGAAGUGUCGUCUGCUCGGACACCAGAGAUCGAGAGGAGUACGACGACGGAGAAAAGCCUCUUCACGUCUACUACUGCCUGUGCGGACAGAUGGUGUUGGUGCUGGACUGCCAGCUGGAGAAGCUGCCCAUGAGGCCCCGGGACCGAGCCAGGGUGAUCGACGCGGCCAAACAUGCCCACAAGUUUUGCAACGUGGAGCAGGACGAAAGCGCGUACCUCAAGCGGGCCGAGGGCAUCGAGAGGCAGUACCGCAAGAAGUGCGGCAAGUGCGGCCUGCUGCUCUUCUACCAGCACCAGGCGAAGAACAGCCCGGCCACCUUCAUCGUGGACGCAGCCGUGGUCAAGUUCGGGCAGGGCUUCGGCAACACCAGCGUGUACAGUCAGAAGCAGCCAGAGGCCCCCAAGAAAGUGCGAGUGAUGAUGACCAAGCGGACCAAGGACAUGGGCAAGUUCAGCUCCGUCACCGUGUCCACCGUCGACGAGGAGGAGGAGGAGAUCGAGGCCCGGGAGGUGGCGGACUCGUACGCCCAAAACGCCAAAGUGAUCGAGAAGCAGCUGGAGAGGAAGGGCAUGAGCAAGAGGAGGCUACAGGAGCUAUCUGAGCUGGAGGCCAAGAAGGCGAAGAUGAAGGGCACGCUGAUUGAUAAUCAGUUCAAGUAGAGGAGGCUCAGCAGAGAGGAGGGGAGGGGGGGGGGUGCACUGUUGUCCUCUGGAGACCAGCGUCCACAGUGGAUAAGAUCUGUCAAAUACAGGCCAGUAGUUGGUCAGCCAGAAGACAGGACAAUAUUUGGACAUUUUUAGUCCGGGGAUGUUCAUGUGACACGUGUUACGAUAGUGAGGUUGUGUGAAAUUAGUUUCAAAUGUUAUUUUGUAUGAAAAUGAAAAGACCAGAUUAAACCGUUUCGUAUUUCCUAAA